AUGGACACCUCCGCCCCCGCCCCCCGCGUGAACGGCGAGCUCAUGUCUCGGUUCGCCGGCAAGAAGGUCCUCCUCGUCGGCAAGACGGAGGGAUCCGACGGCUCCACCGUCACGCUGCGCACCUCGGACGACAAGGUCGUGACCGUGACCCUCGCCGCGGACUCCCCGGCGAUCACGACCGCGUUCGUCGAGUUCGAGGGCAUCUGCAACGGCGAGGGCAGCCUCACCGAGGUGUCCCACGUCGACUUCGGCGACGAGUUCGACAUGUACACGUACAACGAGCUCGCGAAGGAGUCCAACGGCCGCAGCGCGGCGCUCUUCAUGUGA